AUGUCAUCCAAUAUAUUUGAAACUCCGAUUUCUCUACUUAAUAACUUACUUGAACACUUGACGAGUAUAUCACAGGGAAGGGCUGUCCCAAUCGAUUAUAAGUUAAUUGAUAAUGCCUGUCUUAUUUUGAAGGGUGAAACUUCGUUAUACCAAAAUUCAGAAAAUAGGAUAUUGGACCAACUAGUUUUGGCGGUUUUGUCUAUUAUCAGAUCAGACAAUACUACCUCUGAAGCUAAAGAUGCUUCGGUGCAAGUUUUGGAUUGCAUUCUAAGCCAUUAUGAAUUUGAUCAGAUUCUAGAACAUUUUGGCAUGAAGCUAUUUAUUCAGGGUUUGGAGUCAGAGAAGGAAAGGUUACAAAUUCUUGUGAUUGAUAUUCUUUCGAGAGCUGAUCCUGCAGAUAUUAUUGCAAAUACGUCAGUUGUCCUCCUUUUAGUGCAAAUAUUGAAUGAUCCGGAAAGCAGUAUCGCUUUAGUAAAUGAGACAGAAAAAUGCCUUUUUAUGUUGGCCAGCAAAGGGGAACUUGUUAGGCGUCGGAUCAUUUCGGAUGAAGUUAUAUCGAAUUUUAGAAAAAUCAGAACAAAUCUGAAAGUUGUUCCCAGAUUGUACGAUCUUGUUUUAGAGUUAUUGCCUAUUGUUCCGAAUAUACCCGAUGACCUUUAUCUUGUGACCACCCAAGAGAUAACUKCAAGUAAUGAUAUAUUAAUGGAUUCUUUGACCGUUUCGUUCUAUCAUAAUUUGCUUGUACAAAUCAGCAAGAAUAUAAGCUUGCGACCAAUUUUGGAUAGGUUAGGGGAGCAAAUUUCAUACAUCAGUCGAAUAUUUUGUGAUCCAACGUUUAAGCCAGAAAUUGGAAACAGUGAUUAUAUUGACGCUGCUUCGUUUUUGUGUGAAUUAAGCAAAUUGUCUUUACAGAAAUUUGUUGAUGCUGACAGUUCUUAUCAUAUUAUAGAACAUGCUAUUUCUUGUUAUUUGACGCAUAGAAGUUGCAGGCAUUUGCUAAGUAAUAUCAACCCUUCAACACUUGAAUCUGAAACCAUCUUUCUAAAGAACUUCAAGCUUGAAGGUAUAACAACGUCAAUUUAUUGUAACUUGAUCCAAGAUUCAAAGAUUCUUACCGAAGAGCUUCAAAUUAACACAGCUGACAUUGAAAAACUAAGCGUGUCUGACUUUCUGGAGAUUUUAUUAUCUCUUGUGCAUACAAAGUAUGGUUUACACAAACUUACAAGAGAUUGGUCACCGCUAAUUACGAAUCUCUUGGAUAUCAAUGAUAUUUUGGAUUCCGAUAUUUGGAGAAAAAAACUUGAUGUCGUCGGAGAACUCUACGAUAAGAGGAGCCAAAUUGGUGUGUGGUCUCAAAAAAUUGUGGAAGCGUAUAGUUUAAUGAGAAAUGGGCAUCCUAUUACAUCGGAAGCAGAUGUCAUGGAUACUACAGGGCCUUAG